AUGGAACCCUCCAAAGACGAACUCGACCUAGUAUCCCCCACCAAAUCCAACAACCUCAACCCGACAUCGCUGAACGACCCCUGGACCGCCAAAUUCACCUCCGCCUCCCCCGAAUGGCACCAACACACCAACAAGACCCUCCUCCGCAAAAUCGACCUACACCUCCUCCCCUUUCUCAUCCUCAUGUACCUCCUCAACUUCCUCGACCGGUCCAACCUCGCUCAAGCGCGCCAAGGCACACUGGAGACCGACCUCGGCAUGUCCGGCACAGACUUUAAUCUCGCCACGUCCAUCUUCUUCGUUGCCUACUUACUCAUGCAGUUGCCAUCCAACAUGCUGAUUACGCGACUUCGGCCAUCGAUUUAUUUGUCAAGUGCAAUGGCGCUGUGGGGAGCGGUGAGUGCGUGUAAUGCCGCCAGUCAAAAGUUUACGCAUUUGUUGGUGGUCCGAAUCUGUUUGGGGAUUGUCGAGGCGCCGUUUUUCCCCGGAGCGGUGUUUCUGAUGAGUAGUUGGUAUAGUCGGGCGGAACUGACGAAAAGGAUGGCGUAUUUCUAUAGUGGGAAUGCGUUGGCGAAUAUGUUUGGGGGCGUGAUUGGGGCGGGGGUGUUGGGGAAUUUGGAGGGGGCGAGGGGGGUGAGUGGGUGGCGGUGGUUGUUUAUUAUUGAAGGAACAAUCACUGUCGCCGUCGCCUUCGCCGCUGCGUUUGUCCUGCCCGAUUAUCCCAACACCACGCGCUGGUUGAGCGAAGAGGAGCGGGCGUAUGCCUCGUGGCGCUUGUUGGCUGAUAUCAACGAGUCGGACGACCAAAACAGUCGCUCGGUUUGGGACGGGCUGAAGCUUGCGCUCAGGGAUUACCGGCUAUACCUCUUCGUUCUGCUGCAGCACUUGUCCCUGCUCAGCCAGACGUUCCAGUACUUCUUCCCCAGCAUCGUGGGCACUCUUGGAUACGGCACGAUCGAGACGCUGUGGUUGACGGCUCCCGUAUGGUUCGCGACCUUUUUGAUCUCCGUCUGUGUGACGUGGACGAGUUCCAAGACGGGCGAUCGCAGCUUGCAUAUCUUCUUCUUGAUGUUGCUGGCCGCGGUGGGGAAUGCGGUGGCGACGGGCACGACCAAGGUGGGAGCGAGGUUCUUUGCCAUGUUUUUGAUGCCCAUGGGAGCAGUUUCUUCUUAUCAAAUCAUCUUGUCGUGGGUUGCCAACUCGUUCCCUCGUCCUAUGGUCAAGCGCUCGGCUGCUGUGGCUAUUGCCAACAUGUUUGGCAACACGGCGAGUAUUUACGGGUCGUACAUGUACCCGGCAUCGGCGGCGCCACAGUACAUACCCGGAGGAAGUGCGAAUUCUGUAAUCUGCCUUUUGGUGGGAUUGUUGGCUUUGUUCUUGCGCUACCUGCACAAAUGGGAGAACAAGAAGUUGGAGAAGGCCGAGGCGGAAGAGGCUGAGAACCCAGAGACUGCGGCUGUUGCGGCGUCGGGUGAUAGAAGAGCGGCGGGGUUCAGGUACAUCUACUGAGCUCAGAAGGAUUAGCUAGUCUCGAGAUAAAUAGUGGUUACUUGAC